AUGGUUGCUGCUGCUGCUCGUGGGGUAAAGAGAGAAUUCCUUCAAAGGAAAGGGUUUACUGAUCAAGAUAUUGAUGAGGCAUUCGCUAGACUGCAGCAGCAGCAGCAACAGCAGCAGCAGCAGCAGCAGAUGCUGCAGCAGCAGCAGCAACAGCAGCAGCAGGUUCAGGAACAAGAACUGCAACAAACAGGACACGUUGGGAGUCUAUGGCCAAUUGACGUUGGAUUCAUUGCUGCUAUUGCUGCUGCUGCUGCUGCUGCUGUUGCUGCUGCAGGACGCCCAAGCACUGAUCACUUCAAGUGCCGCAGAAGGAAUCGCCAAGCAGCAAACAGAGAUUCUCCUGCUGCUGCUGCUGCUGCUGCUGCUGCCGGUGGUGCAGCAGGAAGGAUCCCUGCUGCUGCUACAGAGCAGCAAGAGCAGCUGCUGCAGCAGCAGCGGGAGUUGACGGUGCAGGUGCAGCACCAAACGGAGGUUUUGCGCUCCUUGUCUGAGGCUCUCCAUUCCUUGCUGCUGCUGCAGCCGCAGCAGCAGCAGCAGCAAGAACUGCAGCAAGACAUGGUGCGCAAAGGUCAGCCGCUUCUUGUAGAGGUGGCUGUUGACGAGCAGCAGCAGCGGCAGCAGCGGCAGCAGCAGCAGCGGCAGCAGCAGCAGCAGCAGCAGCAGCAGCAGCAGCAGCAGCAGCAAGGGCGAUCUCCUGCUGUUGCACCCUUCGAAGAAUCAGCAGCAAUAGCAGAUUCAGUAGCAGCAGCAAUAGCAGCAGCAACAAAAGCACCAGCAACAGCAGCAACAGCAGCAGCACCACCAGCAACAGCAGCAGCAGCAACGAAGGUACUUGAAGAAUCCCCACCGACGUCUGCCGAUGCAGCAGCAACUGCAGCAGCACUACAAGCAGCAGCAGAAGCAGCAGCAGCAGAAGCAGAAGAAGAAAGAAAAAGACUGCAGCAGGCGGUGUCCGAGUUUGCUGCUGCAUGCACAGAACGUCUAGGCACUGCAGCACGAAAACCCUUAGGCACCCUCUUGCUAAUGUUAAGGAAUUUACGUUCAGCAGUAACAGCAGAAGAACGCAUGCGCUAUGGCAGAGUUAAUGCAACAACCCCGAGAUUUAAAGGUACAACACGAUCCCAGCAGCACGAUCCCAACGAUCCCAGCUACACGAUAUUUCAAGGAGAUAUUAGGAAGAUAGCAGAUUGUUGCAAGCUGCUAGAAGCAGCAUUUGCUGCUGCUCCUGCUGCUGCUGCUUCUCCAGCUGCUGCUGCUGCUGCUGCUGCAGAGACUGCAGAAGCCAAGAGGGGGGAGGAUGGCUCUGGUUCGAGCAGCAAUACCUGGCAGCCACAGCAGCACCAGCCGUGGCAUGCAGCAGAAGCAGCUGCUGCUGCUGCUGCAGCAACAGCAGCAGCAGGUGAACAGCUCUCAAGUGCUGCUGCCGAUGCAGCAACAGCAGCAAACCCUCCGCAGGGAUACAAAGACGAAGCGCAUGCAGAGCAGCAGCAGCAGGAGCAGCAACAGCAACAGCAGGAAGGAGAGCAGCAGCACCAGCAGCUCCAAGACGCCACCCAGACGGACGAGGAAGUGCAUGCAACAGCAGCAGCAGCAGCAGCAGCUGCUGCUGCUGCUGCUGCUUCGGACGGUACAGCUGCAGACUGCAAGGAGCGUGCGAAGGGAGACUUCCCAGCAGCAGCAGAUGCAGCAGCAGAUGCAGCAGCAGCAGCAGCAGAUGCAGCAGAUGCAGCAGCAGCCGCAGAAGAGCCACAAGGAGCUCUUGCCUCAUCCAGCCACAGCAAGGACAACGAAGAUGGAGGCAGCAGCAGCGCAGCAGCACCGAGCCGCAGCAGCAGCAAUUGCUACAGCACCAGCUGCAGCAGCAGCAGCAACUGCUACGACAGCAGCAGCAACAGCAGCAGCAGCAGCAGCGUGUGUAGUGGUAUAAGGCGAAGCUCUUGCUCUAGCACAGAGAGUCAGGGGGCCCCAGGGGGCCCCCUUUCUUCUUCUUGUAGCAGCAGCUUCAAAGAGGAUGCUGCUGCUGCUGCUGCUGCUGCUGCUACUGGCAGCAGCAGCAGCAGCAGCACUUCAGCAUCCCCUAUGCCGCUUUCUCCGAUCGCCUUUCAUGAUCAGCAGCAGCAAGAGCAGCAACAAGAGCAGCAGCAGCAGCAGCAGCAGCAGGAGCAAGGAGACCACCCAGCAACAGACGCAUGCACAGCAGCAGCGACACCGCAGUGUCUGUACACCUACAGCAGCAGCACAGCAGCACAAGAAUCAACAGAGGAUUCUGCUGCUGCUGCUGCUGCUGCUGCUGAUUUAUCUCAGGGGCACUUUGGGCCCUCCUGGGGUACCCCGCAGGCGCUGCAGGCAUUGCCUUAG